AUGCGCUGUGUCCCUCGGACACAGCAGAUCACCGAUCACGGAAAGAGCCAAAGAUGUCGGCUCGGUCAUGUGAUCAGCGGUGUCCAAUCACAGCUGAUCACAUGGCACUGAUGAUCAGUGUGUCCUGAUGAUCAGUGUAGCCCCAGCAGUGCCAGCUGUCAGUGUCCAUCAGUGCCACAUCAAUGCCACAUAUCAGUGCCUACCAGUGCACAUCAAUGCCACAUAUCAGUGCCCAUCUGAGCUGCCUUUCAGUGUCACCCAUCAGUGCCAGUCAGCGCCACCUAUCAAUGCCAAUCAGUGCCACCUAUCAGUGCUGCCAAUCAGUGCCACCUAUUAGUGCACAUCAUUGCCUCCUAUCAGUGCCAUGUAUCAGUGCUGCCUUUCAGUGCCCAUCAGUGAUGCCUGUCAAUGCCCAUCAGUGCCACCUAUCA